AUGUCUGGACGACUGAGAAGGAAACGGCUUGUUGCAGGGUGUCAGCGAUGCCGGGUUCGGCAUUUGAAAUGCGAUGCCGAUGACCGAGGUUGCCAGCACUGUCGACAAGCGGCAGUAGAUUGUGACAGAACCAACCUUCGAUUCCGGACCGGCCUGGCACUGCCCAAAGACCCCGAUGCUGCGUUUCCUGGUCAAGGCCAUUGGCCCCAGCUUCACGGGAAAGUACGCUUCCACGAUGAGACUGCCGAGAUUGCCGGUCUGUACUCGGAUUGGCAGCCCGAGGGCCCCUCGGGAUUGAUCUAUGAUCCAUAUAUCCACGUGGCACAACGAGGCAGAACUGACUUUCAGACGCAGGGGAGCCUCGACUUAAGGCUAUCCCAUGGAUCUGAUCUCCCAUCUCAAUUGUCACCGCACUCCACCACAAAAGACCCAUUUUCAUCGAAAUCAUCUUUGGUGCCUGUAACACCCAACAGAACAAGGUCGGGUUCAGAGUCACUCUAUAAUUUGACGGAGCGGGAAGCUGUUCUGAUGAGAAACUUCGUUGAGAACAUGGCCUUAUGGGCUGAUAUAGCAGACCCUCAUCGUCACUUUGGAACAGAGGUGCCAGUGAGGGCCUUCAAAGAGCCCGUUCUGCGCUAUGCAAUUCUGGCGUUUUCCUCGCGGCAUCUUAAUAGACAGGCCAGCGGGGAUGCAACGGAGGCAUUGCAGUAUCAUAAUUGUUGCGUUCAGCUUCUGAUCCCGGCCCUCUCAGGGGGCCAAGAGCAAAUGACAGAAGAUAUCCUUGCUGCUGUUGCCAUUCUUCGUCAACAUGAAGAGAUGGAUGGGGAGGACAAUCAAUUUCAUCUUACCGGCACCACACAUAUCCUUAAUACGGUGUCAACACUUGGUUCAUCUGGUGGUGUAGGGGAAGCUGCCGCCUGGCUUUGUCUUCGUGAAGAUAUCUAUAUUUCGCUGACUCGACAACGUCCGUUGGGGACCAAUCUCCAGAGCUUUGAUCAGUCUGACGUCUUUCAGAGAGAUGAUGAUUUCGCAUGGUCAAGCAGAAUGGUGUUUCUUCUCGCGAAGGUCCUUCAGAACGCUUUCACUCAAUCUGCCUCGACGCAUGGCAUGGACCUUACAAUUGAAGAGUGGUAUUCUUCAAAGCCGUCCACGUUUGAACCUAUUAGGGUUGUGCCGCGAGGACCAGAGCGUGGCCAACGCUUUCCCGUCAUUUGGAUGCUCUUACCAGUGCAUGUGAUUGGUCUUCAGUACUAUCACAUUGCCAAGAUUGUUUUGGCUCUUUCUGAAUGCCCAAUGGCCUCGUCGGCGUAUGAAAGCCUACGGCUAUCACGGGCUGUCGAGAGAAAUAUCCGUCAUCACCUGCUUGUGGUCUUGGGACUGGCGCAGUCAAACGUUAAGGCCGAGAAUACGUUGUUCACGGCGAGGCAUAGCUUGAUGGCUUGGGGCUGGGUCCUGCGGCAUCGCCUUGACCAGGAGACCGCAGAAUCUCUGUUACAGGCUAUGCACACCAGGACUGGAUGGAACAUGGACUCACUGGUCAAAGCACUGCGCAAACAGUGGAAAGAGGAGGAUGAAGGCAACGAAGGCUAG